AUGUCGUCUUUCUCCUCUUCAAGGGAAAGUAACGGGUUAAUUACUAUCGUCAAAGCUCAGGUUGUCUUUCUCCUCUCUACCCUUAGCGAAGAUAGAUAUGAAAGAAAUCAGGCGGAAAUACGAUCACUUUGCGAGCAGCAUGGAGUGGAGACAUAUCUCCAUUUCAUUCGACGACUCAUAGCAGCGUCUGCCUCUCGACUCCAGUCAUCCUCCAGCAGUACCUCACAGCAAUAUGACACUUCAUCCGCACUCACAUCCCGCCUCCUCGUUCAAGAAACCCAGAGGCUAGCAAGAGACCCAUUCCUUGCGGACCGUUUCCGUGAUGCAGUGGACAAAGGUGAAGGGGAUAUUUUUCGGCAUUUCGACCUGGCACGUUUCGUAGAGCGAAUGGGACUUAAGCCACUUGAACGGUUCAUCCUGGCGAGUUCCGUCGUGAGCAGCAGCACUCCUCGUCGAGAACUUACUGCCCAAGCUGCUCUGAUGGUUCGUGUCAACCUCGAAGAUGCUGCUCGGGCACUGGUAGCCCGCCCCAGUUUUGAGCCUGCCCCGGGAUCAUCUGUUACGUCCAGUGGUUCGGGCUCCGCGGAUGAUCUGUCUCCUCAGCAACUUGCCAGGCUGUUGAGCCAUUUGCUGAGUGAUCCACCCCCUGACAGUCCUAUAUUGGACGCCGCGCAGCGAGUCAAACUCAUUUCAGCGGCGCAGGCGAAAUUCGGCCAAGAAACAAUGGGGCCUAUCCUACGAAGCAUCUUCCCAAAGUUAAGCCUUUCGCCCGGUACCUCACUUGUACAAACACUUUGUCAACUAGGUCCAGAACUGACAAGUGAUCCUGAUACUGUCUUAGCGCUUCUACAGCGUUUUGGAUUGUCAGCGUCAUCCCCCCCUCGUGAAAAUCAAGUAGUUGAAAUCUUGUCGACACUGGCCCGUUAUGCUGCUGAAGGCACACCAUUGUGUGAUGUUGCAUCUCUCAUAAAGGCAAUUUGCAGCUUGCCGGGCUCCAUAGACUGGUGUAACGUUCUGUUAUAUGCCUUUGACCGCCCAGAACGGUCGGGCAUCGAUACUGCCACAUUGAAGCUUCUCAUUGCAAUCUUGCCAAAUACUCCUAGGGACAGUACCAUGCCUUCCAUAUGUGCAUUUUGGAAGGAUUGGAGGAACACUCUGUACCAGCUUCGCCUUCUGGAUGCUCUCCUUUCGCUGCCAAACGAUACAUUCAAUUUAGUCAGUUUACCUGGAAGGCGCAUUGUCACUGUCGACGAUGUUGCUGGAGCAAGUCCCACCAUCAAAGCUCUUGCUGCGAAUGUGCAAGGCCAUACCUGGAACUCCUUGGAUCUUAUUGAAACUUUAGUGAGACUCGGAGAUUCCGAUGCCCCGGAAGUGGCUCAAUGCGUUAGAGAAAUGCUUGACAAAGCAGUUAAGAUCAGUGCGGAGCUGGUUCACAUGGGCCUCCUACAAGUUGCGCAGAAACCCUGGGGCCCAACGCAGCAAGAGUAUUCUACCAAGCUGCUUAACAUGUUUUUGGCUGGGCACCCAAAUCAUCAGCUUGUCUUCAUGCGCAUCUGGCAAAUUGACCCCGCGUAUUUGACUUCGGCAUUCAGAGAUUUCUAUGCAGAAAGCCCGGUGAACAUCACUCGGAUACUAGAUGUGGCGCAGGAUUUGAAGAUCCUCGAUUCUCUAUUGGACGUCCGCCCUUUCGCCUUUGCUCUGGAUGUUGCCGCCCUUGCAUCUCGACGGGAGUAUCUCAAUCUUGACAAGUGGCUGUCUGAUCAUGCUGCCACACAUGGUGAAGCAUUCAUCCACGCAGUGCUGGAAUUUUUGGACGUCAAAAUCAACAGCGAACUUGCGCGGCAGGACCCUGCAGUCAAACACCAAACCAUGCCCCUCAACCCCCAGACUAUUACUAUAUUCAUUCGUAUGCUUCGUAGCAGGUUGGUUACCAACAUGUCUCCGACCGAUGCGAAAUACUUUACCGAAAUCCGUAACCUCAGCUAUCAGCUUCAUCCUAGACUUAUGAACUUGACCCCAGGUUCUGAUGGAGAGCCUGGGCUCACCGUUGUCACCUUUUCUCCGGAGAUUGAAACCGAAGUUGAGACGAUCUAUCGGAGAAUGUAUGAUGGUGACAUCUCCAUCGAUCAGGUCAUUGACAUGCUGCGUGAGUCAAAAAACUCCACCAAUUCAAGGGAAAAGGAGAUUUUUGCCUGUACGCUUCACUCGCUAUUUGACGAGUACAAAUUCUUCCAAUCGUCUUAUCCAGCCCGGGAGCUCGCAAUGACUGGGUAUCUCUUCGGGUCGAUUAUUCAAUUCCGUCUCAUUGAUUUCAUCCCUCUCGGCAUCGCAUUGAGAUAUGUUCUUGAUGCAGUCCGAAGCCCGCCCGACUCCAAUCUCUUCACGUUUGGCAUCGAAGCCCUUAUUCGCUUCGAGUCCAGAUUACCUGAAUGGCCCCCUCUUUGCAAUACACUUCUCCGGAUACCUCACUUUCAAUUGGCUCGUCCGGCGAUAGCUGAAAGAAUACGUCAUGCUCUUACUAUCGCUGGAACUGGGUCUGGGGAAGGGAGCAAUAUUAUAGGCGAAAAUGACAUUCAUCUCCCCGAAAUGGAGCCUACCCCUCUUGCGUUCACAGCUAUUCAAGCAGACGAUAUGUCAGAAGACCCCCUUGUCGAACCAAAGGCGGAAGAAUCGGAGAAGAUCCUCUUCAUCGUUAACAACCUUGCCGCAAACAAUUUCGACAUUAAGCUUGCUGAGAUGAAAGAGCGUUUCAUCACCGGUUACUCGCGCUGGUUUGCAAACUAUUUGGUGGAUCGUCGUGCAGGCACCGAGCCGAAUAACCAUGACAUUUAUCUCCGUUUCUUAGAGGGCAUUAAUGAUCGAAAACUGGACAAUCAUGUCCUAAACGAGACCUAUUUCAAGGCAUCUCUGCUGUUGAACACAGAGAGUAAACCGUCUCAAGCCAGCAACGAACGCUCAACGCUGAAAAAUCUGGCCGCUUGGCUUGGCUCCCUCACUGUAGGGCGUAACCGGCCCAUCAAAUACAAGAACCUCGCCUUCAAAGAGCUAUUGAUAGAGGGAUAUGACAAUAACCAACUUCUCAAAGCCAUCCCAUUCGUUUGCAAAAUCCUGGAACAAUGUUCAAAAUCUACUAUAUUCCUUCCUCCUAAUCCCUGGCUUAUGAGUGUGCUGGGACUUCUUACGGAGCUCUAUCAUUAUGCGGAUUUACGACUGACUCUCAAGUUCGAGAUUGAGGUGCUUUGCAAGGCUUUGUUCGUCGACCUGGGGAAGAUUGACGCGACAACGAUUCUGCGUGAUCGCGCUUCUGCUAACGACCAAGGACCGCCUCUUCCUGAUUUCGUUCCAGACAUCGACUCAAUGCCGAUUGGCAACUAUGGUGGACAGAACACAUCAGAAACUCAGAUACAAACUUCGGGAUCGUUGCUUCCAAUCAGCUCUACAAGUCCCACUCAGAACCAGCGCCUUAUUGCAUCCCAGAUUGAAGCAAUUAUGACUGAUAUCCCCAAUCAUGUAACCGUCAACCCUCAGUUAACAGCAAUUGCCAUGAGCCCUGGCUUCAAACGCAGUGUUCAACUCGCUGUCGAACGCUCUGUUCGUGAUAUCAUCCUACCUGUAGUGGAGCGCUCCGUAACUAUUGCUGGCAUCUCCACCAGGGAACUUGUCUCGAAAGACUUCUCCCGCGAAGCGGACGAGGAAAAAAUGCGUAAAGCUGCUCAUCUGAUGGUGUCAUACUUGGCGGGGAACCUAGCACUCGUCACUUGCAAGGAACCGCUCCGAAGCAACAUGGCCACCCAUGUCCGUCACUUGUUGGCGGAGCAAGGGUACAAUGAGCAGGUUGUUCCCGAGCAGGUUAUUGGGCUUAUUGUUUCUGACAACAUCGAAAUGGCUUGUUCUGUAAUUGAGAAAGCGGCGAUGGAGAGGGCAAUCGCUGAUGUCGAUGAAGCCUUCGCUUCUGCUUACAAUGAUCGCCGUUUGCAUCGCGAACAGCGGCCUGGGCAGCCUUUCUGGGACGCCACGGUACCCCAUGAUGUCGCAUCAACACUACCCGAACCUCUGCGACCCCGGUCGAGAGGCAUUCCUUUGGCACAACUACGAGUUUAUGAUGACUUUGCACUCAACGCCCGCUCUGGUAUUCAUCGCUCGGAACAAUCGGGGACGGUCUACUCAUCCCCGAUGUCGACCGUCCGUCCGCCCAAUCCUCUUGGGACCCACCAAGCUAUAGAACGCUUCACUGUAACCAUCAAUGACAUCGAGCGCCUAUUGGAUCAGUUCCCGCCAUCACAGACAGUGGCAACCCUUCCAUCCAACAAUGAUAUUAGCAUCCUUCUCCGCCAAAUACUCGUUUUGCUCAAUCAAACUAGUGAGAGGGACGAAACUGCUCUAGCAUUUUCCCAGAAAGUCGUCCAGAUGCUGUACAAGACACCGACGCAAUUGGGUCGAGAUGUCUUCGCCAUACUGCUCGACAGACUGUGUGAUGCCUCUCCUCAAGUUAACAAGGAGGCGAUUGACUGGCUGCUUUUUGCCGAAGACGAGCGCAAGUUCAACAUUCCAGUCACUGCCCUUCUCCUGAAAAACAAACUCGUUCCUAUCUCCGACCAAGAUUCCCAGUUGGCAAAGUUGAUCACUAGAGACAUGAAGAUUAGCACAAUCAAUUUCACCUCAAACCUUAUUCGCGAUGCAGUACUCGGCAAUGGGGCUUACGCUCAUCCCAGCUCAUUUCGUCUGUCGCUGGAGGCCCUUUCUCAUGCCGCCCAGCUUCGGAAGGGUACAGAAAUAUCCACUCAAUUGUUGGAAGAUCUUCGUGCGACUCGUAAUGACUCUGAUGGCCCCGACGUCAUCAUGUAUGACAGACUUGCGCGAUACUAUGCAGAUUGGGUCCGGCUCUACCAACGAUCUCCAAAUCUGGAGAAGUCAUUCGUUUCUUGGGUGACCCAGCUGACUGCCCAAGGCAUUCUCAAAGGGGAGGAGAUUUCUUCUUUCUUUUAUCGCGUUUGUGUCGAAGCAAGUGUCACGCUCUACCAAGAGCUCGCCUCACAUGGUGAAAUCUUCAAUGCGUACCAGCCAGUUGACGCACUUUCUCGGUUAAUCGUGCUCAUGAUCAAAUACAAUGGCGAUACCGUCCAGACCAAAGUUCAUUACCUCACCAAAAUCCUAUCCAUCGCGGUCGUGGUCCUAGCCCAUUUCCACGAAGAGUCGACCGCCGAGUUCCCCCAGAAACCCUUCUUCCGUCUGUUCUCCAGCCUUUUCAAUGAUCUACAUGCCAUCGAGUCGACAAUCCAAGGGGCAUACUUCCAGCUACUCAUCGCUCUUUGUGACACGUUCAAUACUCUCCAACCAACCUAUUUCCCUGGGUUUGCCUUUUCAUGGAUAUCCCUUAUUUCCCAUCGCCGUUUCAUGCCUAAGUUGCUGAUGUCCGAAAAUAGAGCAGGUUGGUCCGCCUUUCAUCGACUCUUGUUGUCCCUCUUCAAGUUCCUAGCACCCUUCAUACGGAAGCUUGAGCUUCAAAACGCAUCCCGUAAUUUGUUCCGCGGUGCUCAGCGUCUGCUUCUCGUCCUCCUCCACGACUUUCCUGACUUCCUUGCGGAAUACUACUUCUCAAUUUGCGAUGUCAUUCCACCCCGAUCUAUCCAACUCCGAAACGUGAUUCUGAGUGCAUAUCCUCCAAAACUCAUUCUUCCUGACCCCCAUUUAGUUGACGUCCAAGCUGAUAUGGGCUCCGUACCCUCCAUUCUCUCUGAUUACACUGCGCCGCUUGGCGACAGCGAAUUCCGGGCCUCCCUCGAUCGUUAUUUAACGGGGCGUGGUAACACCGCGAUUGCGACCAUGCUGAAAGAUCAGCUAAUAAUCCCGGGUGCUGUUUCCGAUUCACUAUCUGAACGCUACAGCUCGCCCCUUAUGAAUGCUCUCGUAUUGUACAUCGGAGCCAAAACAAUCGCCCAAGCAAAGGCCAGGACCGGCUCCAUGGCCUUUAAUUCAUCUGACCCAGGGGCAUUGUUAUUCGCUCAACUGGCAUCAGACCUGGACGUUGAAGGUCAACACCACCUAAUGAGCGCGAUAGUCAUGCAUCUUCGCUUUCCCAGUGCCCACACCCAUUGGUUCGCCAACUUAGCACUUCAUCUUUUUGCUGAGGUCAAGACCGAGAAUUUCCACGAGGUCGUGACCAAAGUUCUUCUGGAACGUUUUAUUGUGCACCGCCCCCACCCAUGGGGUGCAUUGGUGACCUUCAUCGAAUUACUUCGUAACCCAAAAUACGAGUUCUGGAGCCGUGGUUUUGUUCGUGCCGUUCCAGAGAUAUCGACGCUAUUAGAAAGUGUCAGUGCAUUCGUAAAAUUCACGUUAACCCGUCUACUGAUCAUCUAUUAUUGUUCAGGUAUCUCGCUCUAUCUCUCGUAG